GUACCCUCGAAAACCAGGUGGGUAAGACCAGUGAAUCUUACCGUGCCGCUUUGGGGAAACAUUUGUUGUCCAAUGCUUGGUCUGGGAGCGUUGCAAUUUUCAGAGAGAACAGCGCGUGCACUAGACCCGCAGCCGCCAUGUUGUUGGAUUCCAGCCAGUGCAAGCUUCCGACCCAAAAAUCCGAGCAUGCCUUUGGAAUGGACGAGCCGAAUCACGAGGAAGGCGACUUCCUUGCCGUCGACUUCACCCUUGUCGCGGAGAUGUUGAGCUAUCGCAUGUCCCUGCAAGAGAUGUAGCACUGCGACGUGGGAACGGGCCGCCGCUUCUCAAUGCAAGAAGCGCUGUGAGCGCAGAAGCUCCGCCAUGUUUCAGUUGCCACACCCGGGUUUGGUUUGAGUGGCGAGUAGUCUUGUCUGAAUCCCAACUGUUGCAGUUCGCAGUGCCAUCCCAUUCCGCAAAACGCAUGCAAUCUCCAGGUGGUCCGCCGCACUUGGCCCAGAGGUCAAUCCUCCUUUGCAGAUGUGCAAGAUCAGCUUUGGGCUUUGCCCGGGUGAGGCUCAGUCGCUGGCAAGGCCGAAUAUAAGCUCGUAGGGCAAGUGAUGGCUGAAGCUGUCCUUGCUCGUGCAGAAGAGGUUACGGUAUGAAUAUCAAGCAGAAGAGGAGAUUGUAAGGUAAUGAGUCUGAGGCGCAAUCCUCGUGCCGCGCGAGCAAGUGGAACCGGGCCGCUUCUGAGAACUGUGUCUUGAGUUGCCUGGCAGCAGCUUGAAUACCUUGCCUGACCAGGCUCAAGCCAUAUUCAGUUCUUCAAGAGGUCCGACCGCUGUUGUCGAUGCUGCCUGAGCCACGCGGGCAGUUGCUGCAUUCACAGAACAAUGCGCGUAAGAUGUUCAGCCAAGCCCAAACUAUCUGGUGUGCAAACUGCACCCACGCAGCAUACGCCCAAACUCAUCCAAGCUACUGUCUGGAUCGGCGCUCUGCCAGGUAAUCACUACUCGCCCUCGUUCUGCAAUGGCAAAUUGAGGUCCGGCUUGACUACAUUGCUCGACCACGUUUGAGCGAUCGGCGCAUAACAUUUGCAGCCUAGCCCAAGCCGUUGCAUGAACCUGUGCAGGAAUGAUCCACACAAAGCGUGCAAACGCGGCAGAGGACACUUAACCACAUCAAGGGCCGCAGCACAGGCAAUUCGAAUCCAUUUUACCCUGUUGCCAUCUUGGUGCAUUUCAAGAUGUUGGGGGUGAAAUGGCUGCACUGCUGGCAUGAGCCGCUUCUCAGCAAGACUCACUGUGAACGCGGAAGCUCAGCAGUAUUCAGCAGCAAACCCGGUUUGGUUUGAAUGGCGGCGGAGUGCCCUGUUCUGCGCGAGGCAUGUUGAAGUCUGACUCGUGGCAAGCUUCAGUUGAGCCGCACAUCGCCCAGACAUCAAAGUCCCUUCGCAGUGGAACAUCAACUUUGGGCUUCGCCGUGAGGAGGCCGAAUUUGAGAGCUCGUGAAGCAAUGAGAGGGCAGCAGCUCUUCCUGCUCAGCGCAGGAGGGUCAACUGCAUAACGAAUAUCUAACGAGUCCAAGCCACAUUCCUUUGCACCAUUUCUAGUCCGUGAACAAGUAGACUCACAGUGCCAAUUGAGCAGCCAUCAAAAACCCAAUGCAGAAACUUAGUCUUGGGGUGCCAAAAUGGGGUUCGGAAGACUUUGCUCAGAGCGCCGCGAGCUUCUGCGGAUACAAAGUUUGCUUUCGCGGAAGGCCGCGGAAGUUCAGAUCAUUUUGGCUUGUCUUGCAUAUUGGAAACCAGGCCGCUAUGUGACUUGAUGUUCGCAGAAAAAUGGCUUUCACUCAUUCAAGCGGGUGCACGCAAACAAAUAUUGUUCGUAUUGCCACCCACAUGCGAGUAGCUACUGUAUUGACUCCAACAAGUUCAUCCCAAACUCCACUUGUGGCAUGUGAGGAAGCCGCCAAAGCAACACACGUGGACGGAAGCAAAAACCCAAGCGCGCGGAGCUACUCGUCCCAAGUUACAACGUGUUGUCCUCUGAAUCUUGGUGGCUGCUAGAUCCGAGAGGGGCCGCUUUUGAGAACUGUGUCUCGAGUCCGCUCUUUUGCAAAUCGCAGAGCAGCGGUCCUUUCCCAAGAACCAUCAAUCCCUCUCGUCUUGCGUGGCAAGCGCGGGGCCGCAGCUUGAUUGCAUUGCUCGACCAGGUUUCAACAAUCAGCGCAUAAGAUUUGCAACCAAUCCAGCAAUCACAUUUGCCUGUGCGAACCUGAUGCAUGCCAAACGCCACGCAGGCAGCGUACGCCCAGAGCUAUUGUAUGCAGCAUAGGCAAAGCGCAUCGAAAUUGCGACGAGGCAGUCACGGCCCUUUCACACCACAUGCCUCAGAGACCAGCGCCUCAACCGCCUCGUUGUGCAUUGGCUCAGGGCUUCGGCUUGGGCUCAAAGCGGAUAGCCCGAUUGCUGUAGAGCUCGUCAGUGAAGACGUGGCAGCAGCAACGCUAGGAGCACGAACCAUGCCAACUAAUGCCUAAAAGAGGGCAGGCUCGGAAAUGAGGCUACAACUGUGGCGGCGGAAGCAAAAUGCCUCUAGAUGCUGCACGCGUAUGUCGGCGGAAAGUAAUUAGUUUUCUUCGAACUACUCAACAUCACUCGAUUCCAGAUGGACCGCUUCCGAGGUCUUGAGUUGCCUGCUCUCUUGCAGAUUGCACAACAGCGGCCCUUUGCCAAGUAACCAUCAAUCCGCUUUGUUCUGCCGUGGCAAGAGCAGCAGCUGGACGGCGUUCCUCAACCAGGUUUGAACAACCGGCGCUUAAGAUUGGCAGCCAACCCAGCCAUCACAUUUACCAAUCUGAUGUAUGCCAAGCUGCACUCAGGCAGCGUACGCCCAGACGCUUGGGGCUGUCGUUACUGUUGUCCUCAUGGCCAACAUUGAGGAGCAGCUUGCUUACCUUUAUUGACUGGGUUGGGGCCAUACUUAGUCGUGCAAGGUCCGGCCCUCGAUGCUGCUGCCUGAGCCAUGCAGCCAAAAGUGCCUCCUGUUUUGCCAGCUUGAAGGAGCACGUCGCGGCGUCGACUGAACUAGCCGCAAGUAAACUUUGCCAUGGCCCAAGCCAUCAGCAGCAUUUGCCUCGCAUUCAAGCCACGCAAGUGGAAGGCAAUUCUUCUUCAAUGUUCCACGACGCAGUCUCGGCUCGCUUCGAUUCCAUGGAGUGACUUGCCUGCGUGCUUGCGGCCUGAGUAACUACAGUGCUUUGCGAAGCAAUGAUGUAUGACUGUCCUGCCUUGGCGAACAUGGAGCAGCUUGAUUCCCUUGCUUGACGAGGUUCGGCCAUAUUCAGUCGUGCAGGACAUCCGGCAGCUGUCGUGGAUUUUGCUGCCUUAGCCAUGCAGGCGCCGCGCACCCCCCGCACAGCCACCGCGCACCUCGCGGCCCGCACUGUUUCGCAGGGCGCAUCACUUGCGAGGGCUAUCAACUAACUUUAUAUUUUUGUGCUGGUUCAAGCUCUGCCAACAAACUUGUGGGCAGUCUGGGUGAGUUUGGUUGGGUAGGCCUGUGAAGCAGUGAGCUGGAGGCUUGCCAAGUCUGACUAAGCUGCCGCCUGCAAGGCCUUGGCCUUGCCAUUUCGCCAGAGUCUGCGUGCUAGGGCUGGGCCCCCCCUAUCCCGCGCACCCACAAGCCGCUCUCCUUUGCCGAUUCGAUUUUUGAGUUGCUUGGACGCUUGUACGGGAGCCCAGCAAAGAUUUGGUUUGGUCCAUUUAGCGGAACAUGGUCACGGUCAGCUUGGCAACGUGGCGUCCCUCGCUGGGCUUCUGACGCGCUUCUGCCAAUCUUGGCGCUCUGGAUUAGCCUUAGUUUCGAGGGAUGCGCCAGGCAGUGGCAACCUUGCGAACCCACGCGCGAAGAUGGGUUUGGCAAUGACCCAGCUUGGAUUUUGGUUUCCCUUUGGAAGAGGUUGGAACAUUCUGCCUGUCUUGCCAUCUUGCCUGAGCAGAAGCUUUGCUGCUAAGCGCAAGCCACAGGCACACAUUCCAAGUAGCCCGCGCUCUGCUGCGGAUGGCGCAGCUGGCAUGAAAGCUGUGUGAUAUUACAUCCAGCCCCAACUUAUCCGACCCUGCUGACUCGAAGGCUAGCUAGACACGCGUCCACGAAGCCAUUCCGCAAAGGCGCCUUGCGAAGCCACCGCAGGAGAUUUAAUCGCUGCCGUCGAUGCUGCCUACAGCCAUCGGCAGAUCUUCUGCUUGCAGCGUCAGCCAAGCCCAGCAUGCGCAAUCCACACAGUAUAGGCCUCACACGCCUAGUGUGUUCAACGAUGUUCAACGCCGGCCGGCCUAUUCCCAAGACCUUCGAGUGAGCUGCCUGCGCCUCGCCGUGGAUGGGCUGGCGCUGCGCAGGCUCCAGUUCUGCAAGGCGGCCAUGGCAGAUUGAAGAGUUGCAAAUUUCCUCAGCUGCGGCUCUCGGUCUUGUUAUUCCUAUCAGUUGUGCCAAACUUCACUGCGCAAGCCUGCCAUGACGAUCCUGCCAUGAAUGAUUUCGGUAGUGACCAUUGCUGCAUUGGCGUGGCUUGAGGGGCAAUCGCUAGCGCUGCGCAGACAUCUCAGAUCUCUAGGCCCCAAGGCGGUAUGUGAAAUCACCUGCUUGCCCGGCUUGCGUGGCUUGUGCUGUGCCAGCUGGCCCAGUGACAGGGUGAGAGAGGUGUUGCGUGCGAAGUGCUCAUCCUUUGUCAGCUUUUCGUGAGAUCGCGUCAGAUGCAGCCUCUGAGAGGUGCUGCAUUGCCAUUUGGACGCUGAGCACUUUAGCUUGCGGGCGAAUUGGAACGCGCAGGCCCAGCACGAACGGUAGGGUCCGAUGCUUCAAGCGAGUCAGAAGGAGAGCAACGGUCGCAGUGUUCCUAGCCACGGGGUGCUGGGGGUCAGCUUGGGUUUGGCAUUUUGGCCCGAGCUGCCACGUGGUUUCGUUCAUCAUUGCGGCUCAGAUCGCGCACUUGGCCCGUUCCAACCUAGGAACUGCAAGGAGUUACCUUCAGGCGCCUUCACCGGGCCAGCGAGAUGAUUUUUUGAUAUGUGUUUGUUUGCUGCGUUUUGCCUCUUGCAAAUGUCCUGCCUCCUGUGUCUGCUAUUUUUCAGAACCGUUCGAGCGAGUAGCCCGAUGGCGGAGCUGGCAUUAUGAAAGCUGCGUGAUAUCACACUCUUACACCAUGGCAUCCGACCCUGCUGACUUCCCAGAGCAGCUCCUCAGCAUCCUGCCUCGCCAGCAUCUUUUGGCCGAAACGCGCGCCUAUCCGACCAACGAGCUGUGCGGAGUGGGCUUGCGCUGGGCCAUCGAGCUGAAUCAUCAGGUUCACCGAAGUGUGCCCAGGUGCCAGUGGCCCCAGUAUCUUUCGUCAUUUUCGUCCACCGGGACCUCACGGCAGCUGGCGGUGUCAAUGGGCGCAGCUCGACGCCCCUGGCGAUGCCGGCGCUGCGGCAGCCGGACGCACCGCUCGAAGCUGUGAGCCGCGUGCGAGGCUAUCUGAGCGCCUUCCCCAUAGUCCCUGAGUCCGGAACGGCAAACCGACAGGUUGGGUCACAGGCCAUUGGUCCGGAAGUCGCCAACGCUUUGACGCACGUGGCCUCAGCGCCAUACGCCUGGGGCAGGGAAAGCAGCCAGGACCCAUCCGAUGAUGCUUGAAGAAAGUCAUAUUUGGGGAUUCCUAGUGGGAAGGCGGUCGCGCCAACUGCGCCAAUUCCUGAGCUCGCCCGUAAUCAAAUAGCACAAAAAACAUUGGAAUACAGUAUUAUUGUUCAAUCACUUUUAACAGCGCACUGUUGUCAUCUCCAAAAAAGAUAGUACUCUAGCCUAUCAGCAGGGGUCUGUUCACUUCGAUGUUUGUGGGAGGCUAGUUAAUCGAUUGUCCCUGCCAGGAGCCAACACGCAAAGAAGGGAUGUUGGCCCCGGAAGCUCUUUCAUGUGGGUAUGCCAUGCAUUGUUUGACCUAGGAGUUUGGAACAAACAGAAGCAAUCCCGCAAGAACUAGCACAAGGUUCACAAGUUCAAAUAUGUGCCUGCCCAAAGCCAAAUAGAGCGGGCAUCUAAACAAUGCUUGCGUUUCGGGACCUUGGUUGCUCGGACAAUUUGACCUGGCUCAGGUUGAGCCAAACUACUUCCUUGUGCAGCAUGCCAAACAAACAUGUGAGUCUUGAGCCCGAUUUGAACUGGUUAGCGGUCGAUUUGUUGAGGCUCGAGUAAUGACUCACCAUGUGGCAAGGAAGAGUUUGAGGCGCACCCUUCGCACAUGAAUGGCUUGCAAGAAGAAUGGCUUGCCGAGAGUUGUCGGGAAGAGGUUGCAUUUCUGGUUCCUCGCGCCGGUCACAAGUGGCGGGUUGCCGGCCGUUGGCUGGCAGUCGUGUCAAACUCCAGGAGGAGCGGUCAUACAAAGUAGUUGCAAACGCAAGCACCACCGCCAGCAGCAACAACAACAGCAGCAACCGCUGCAGUAGCAGCACGCCAAGCAUCCUGAGCCUGUUUUCGAGUCACUGAUAAUAUUGUUGGUAGUCAGCUGUUGAGCUGCUGGGUUGGGGAGGACAUGGGGGUCACCACACAAGGUGCCCUACCAAAACCAGCGGAUAAGACCUGCCAGUUGUUCCAUGUCGCUUUGGGGCCUUUCAUAUCUCAGACAAAACCUUGCGUGGUAGAUCCGCAGUCGCCAUGUUGCUGGAUUCCAGCCAGUUGAAGCUUCCGGUGGCCCGAAAAUCCAAGUAUGCGGUUGGAAUGGACAACCCGAACCAGGCUGGGAUGUUCAAAGGCAAUCCUCAACGCUUCGCUCAGUUCACUGAAGGAAGGCCAUGUUGCGUUUUUAAAAGCGGUGUCGUGAAUUUGAAUUGGCCAACUCCAUUUUGCCUGGGGAGGACGUGCCUCGCAUCUUGGGUGACUUCCUUGCCGCCAUCGACUUCGCCCUCGUUGUGGAGAUGUAAGCCAUCGCCUGUCCCUGCAACAGACGAAGGGUGCUGCGAUGAUGGAAUGAGCCGCUUCUCAGUGCAAGAAGAGGUGUGAGCGCAGACUGCCUCAGCUGCAAAACCCGGGUUUGGUUUGAAUGACCGGCAGCCUUGUGGGAAUCCCAGCUGUCGCAGCGCGCAGUGCCCAUCCAUUCUGGAAAAGGCAUCAUGUUGAAAUCGGACUCGUGCCACCCUCCACCAGACAUUUGGCCCAGAUGUCCAAGUCCCUUCGCAGAACUUCGCUUGAUUUCUACUGUGAUAUCUUGUUACCAGCAUUGUGAAGGGUUAGCUGCAUGACAACUAUCAGUCAGAGGAAUAAUUAGGGCAUUGUGAGUCCAAGCCCAAGCCGCGUUCCGUUGCGUCCUUCCAAAGCUGCACACAAGCAAACUCACAGCGCUCAACGCCUAGUUCUGAUAUUCGCUCCUCGAGUCUGCGGUAGUCUGCCGAAACCCUUCCAUCAUCAGCUUCCGCGAUUAUUGGGAGGUUCCAAUUUGCUUUUGAGCCUUUGUGCUCCUCGAUGUAUUUCCUUCAACUUCAGGUCCCAUGGUUUUCGGGCUUCUUGUUGGGGCAAAAAAUGGAAGCGGAUGGUCAAGAAAAUAGUGCUCGGCCAAACGGGGACAGCUGACUGUGUUCCCAGCAAGCAGGUUCUGUACUUGCGUGGUGUCGAGGAAGUUCUGCGACGGGUUCUGCGAAGUGCUUCAGCGAAGCCAGGCUCCCGUUCUACAGCCGCAGCGGCGGGUUCCAAGUUGCUCUGCACACUUGGUUUGGCGGGCCGUCCGGAGACGCCCCUAUAAUUGUCCUGCCCAUUCUGAACAAUCGGCGCGUGAGAUGUCCCGCCAAGCCUAAGCCAUCAGAUGAAAUUGCGCCAAUCAAAUUCAAAGCAGCACGCGUGCCAGCAUACACCCAAACGCAUCAAGGGCGCGCAGCAAAGGCAGCGCGCAUCCAAUUUGCCCCGAUUGCAGUCUUUUUAAGACCAUGAGGUGAGUUGCCUGCCCUUUCGCGGCCUGCAGAGUGACACUGCUAAAUUUGGAGCAGCAGCUUGAUUGCCUUGCUUGACCAAGUUUGGGACGCUUCGGUCGCGUGAGAGAUCUAACUGCAGUCGUGGAUGCUGCCUGAGCCACACGCGCAGAAGUUCUUGAAGGAGUCAGUUGCUGCCUCAACUGAACAGUCAGCGCAUGAGGUUUGCAGCCAAGCUCAAGCCAUCGCAUUUGCGCUGCCGAGUCUUGUCUCAGCAAAGCUGCGUGCAGCGGUAACAUUGACGGUCAAGCCACGCUGAGCGGGCAACGCUCGUCCAAUUUGCCCGGGUGAGUUGCCUGGGCUCGCACUUCCUCCAUGCAUCUUUCGGCUUAGCCCGGAGGUCGGGCCGCUGGAGGCCGAAUGUGAGCUCGUAAAGCACGCGAGGGUAGAACCUCUCCCUGCUGCAGAAGGGUCGACUAAAUGACGAAUAUCAGGCAGAGGAGAAGGGCGUGAUGAGUCCAAGCCGCAUUCCUUUGCUCCCUUCCAAAGCCGUGCGCAAGCAGAUUUGCAGUGGCAGUGCCGGGAAAUAGAGUUCAGAUUCUGCUUGUGUGCCCAAAAAUCAGUGCGAUGGCAAACAUAGAGCAGCUUGUUUGAGCCAUUUGCGCAAAAGGUUUGCCAACCCCAAGCCGUCACAUUCACCUGCACGAGUAUGACGUGGGCAAAACUGCACGAGCCCAAGGCAGCAUACGCCCACUUACUCCACACUCCACACUAUUUGCAGAAGAGGCAGCGCACAUCCAAUUUGCCCCGACGCAGUCACGUUUCAUUUGAAGGUCAUGGACUGAGUUGCCUGCAUGCUUGUGGUCUGCGCAACAAAAAUGCUGAGCCAAAAUCACUUAUUGCGAGAAUUUGGGGCAGCAGAUUGGAGCAACAGCUUGAUUACCUUUUCUUGACCAGGUUCGGGCAAUAUUCAGUCAUGGUAAGAGUUCCGACCGCUGUCGUUGACGCAGCUGCCUGAGCCAAGCGAGCAGAAGUUCUGCCUGCAUUGCCAGCUUGAAGGAGUGAGUUGCCACGUUGACUCAACAAGCGGCGCAAAGGUUUGCCGCCAAGCCUGAGCCAUAAGAUGAUCUUGCGCCAAUCUAAUUUGCUCAAAGCAGCGCACAAACCACGCAGCACACACCCAAACACAUCAGAAGGGGCAGGCAGCAAAGGCAGCGCCCAUCCAAUUUGCCCAAUUGCAGUCUUUUCAAGACCAUGAGUUGAGUUGCCAGUGCUUUCGCGGCCUGCGUUACACAGCCUUGCCAAGUAGUCGCUCACUACGGUCUUGCCACGGCGGAUAUGGAGUAGCUUGAUUUACCUUGCUUGACCAGGUUCGGGCCAUACUCAGUCGUGCCAGAGAUCCAACUGCUGUCAUGGAUUCUGCUGCCUGAGCCACGCAAGCAGAAGUUCUUGAAGGAGUCAGUCAACUAAACUGUGCGUGAGAUAUGCAGCCAAGUCACAUGUACUCAAAUCUCAUGUCCCUCCCAAACACGUUCAAGGCACGCUGUGCAGGCAACGCUCGCCUCAUGCGGUCCCCACGAUCCUGCCAGCGGCAGGACCAAUGACUUUCGAUCAAAUUCGCCACUCGGCAUGACCACAUUUUCUGCAAGCGCAACACUCAGAAGGGCAGUGUGCGGUGAGUUGCUCGCGCUCUUGCGGCGUAAUUAUCACUCACUCCUGACACUGAGCAGCUUGAUUCCCCUGCCUGACCACGCUCACAGCAUAUUCCGUGUAUUAAGAGAUUCGACCGCUGUUGUCGAAGCUGCUGCCUGAAUCACACAGGCAGAAGUUCUGCUACAAGUCAGUUGCUGAACAAAGCGCUCGGCGCAUAAACUUUGCACAGCCCCAUCCCCAGGCAUAUCCAAACCACGCAGCAGACACCUCGCGCCCAGUUUGUUUGUCCUGGCUUAUUCAAAGCCACCGACUGCGCAGCGCUCACCCUUUGAACUAUUGUAAACCCAUACCCAGGAGUGACGGGUGCCUUCAGGCAAAAUAGCCGACGAUUUCUUUAGUAAAAGGAGCUGACACGAGCUGAGGGUUUUCUGAAAUUGUUCUGGAACCAACAUGCGGAAGUGCCGCGGAAGCUCCGCAGACGAAUCGCGCGGCAGGUGUUUUUGGCCUGCGGCGCAGGCUCGGAAGGUUUGGUGGGACAGGUAAAAAUUAGCGUCAAGAGACAAUCCUCAGAUGUGCCCACGCGCUUCAAGCCAGCGUUGCAGGCGAAGAUGCUGGCGGUGAGUUCUUGAUUUUCAGAGGGGACACAUCAUUGGCCAUGUUUUCUGCCUUCCUUGAGCUCCGGCAAACGUUCCAUAAGCAAGCGUUUGCACACUUUGCGCAGCUUUGCCAGGCCAUCCCCACGUUGUGGUCAAAGCCACUGAAGUUGCUGGAAAGCACCAGAUGAGCUCCGUCCUAAAUUUGAUCGACGUUCUUGGCAGCGCAUGAAAGAGUGCGCUGGCCGUGCGUUGUUUUCGGCGGUGCUGCGAGUGGUCAAGCUGCGCAGGCCCAAGAGCUCCCAUAACAAAAUGGAUAUGUUACUACUACUACUACUACCACCACUACUACUAC